AUGAAGACAUCAGAGAAAUCUCAAAAGGCAAGUUACUUGGUUGCUCAAAUAAUUGCCAAAAACAAGGAACGACAUACUAUUGCUGAAAGUACUAUAAAGGAAUGUUGCUGUGCUAUUGUGCGAACAAUGUUUGGACCCGAAUUUGAGAAAGAAGUUAAUAAAAUUCCCCUGGCAGAUAACACAAUUGGAAGACGAAUUCAAGAUGUGUAUGAUGACAUUAAGCUGCAAGUGAAGUGUAUUUUUCAAGAUUAUAACAUGAUGUUUGCAUCGCAGUUAAAUGAUUCAACAAAUAUCAGUGGGUUAGCACAAAUGAUGAUUUUUAUGCGUCUUAUUUAUAAUGACAGAAUUAUUGAGCAAUUAUUGCGUUGUCUAGAGCUUCCAUUGAGAACUAGAGGUGAAAACAAUAAUCAAGCUUUAAUUUCCUUCAUGAGGGAAAAUAAUUUGUUGUGGUUAAACUGUGUAGGAAUAUGCACAGAUGGCGCACUCUCAAUAGUAGGUUCAGUAAAAGGUUUUACAGCAUUAUCAAAAAAAAAAGAGAAUACAGAUAUAAUUACCCAUUGUUGUUUACAUCGUGAAUCACUAAUUUAA